AUGCCUAGAAAGAGGUACAUCAAGUGCACGAGGUUGUUUAGCGUUACAAAGGAUCGAGUAAAGGCAGUGGUAAAGCAGGUGCGGGAGACCCGGGAGAACUUCUAUUUCCCACUCCACACGAGACACCACUGGCUGGCGGGUAUCCUGAUGCUGGACAACGACCCCACGCAGUUGCGACUCCGAGUUUUUGACUCCGCUCCGUCGCACGUGGUCCGAAAGGAGGUAAAACUCGCUUACAAAAACAUCGACCCUACCAUUCAGAUUUCGUUCGUGAAGUGCACACGCCAGGAACGGAACAGCAAUGACUGUGGCAUCUACAUGCUGGCGCACAUCUUCUCCGACGCCAUGAAAGAGCGCAUUGUUGAUCCCACAACGGCCCCGGCCCGAGUCCGGCCUUUUCUCUACAAGGCUCUGAAGAUGAAGCCAGGUAAGAAGGUCUUCUUGGAAAACCUGCGUAAGCUCCUCGGCGAGCGAACGGCACAAAAGACAACGACAACGAGCUGCGUGAUGAAAGGAGGCGCCUCAGACUCGGACGAGGAUGACAUUCUCUUGCGUGAUCUGGUGGCGGAAAGGCGGUGCGACGCAACUCGCAGAGCGGAACAGGACGAACGAACCCAGGAGAUUCUAGACGAAGCGGAGCAGCACAGGGAAGCGCUGGUCCGAAGGAACAUGACAGGCUUCAUGGCCUCGGUGGCGCUUCACAGGCGGUGCUUGGGGGUGAAGAUCGCACUCUCGGUUGACGCGCUCAGUAUGCGAAAGCUACGGAUGCAUAUCGAAACUGAUGACCCAAAUCAAAUUCUGGAAAUGCUCCCGACGGCUGUCCACCCGUACCGGGGUGAGGUUGCUGAGGAAGACGCGGCGGCCCGCCCACAGGACGACCCGUACAUUCUCCGGAAGACGGAGGACGGGGCACUGCCGCGAACCCUGCGAGGGGUACGUUUCGUACUCGGGAUUACAACCAGAAUACAAGAGACCACACCGGCCACACAGCGAGGGAACUCCCGACCGAGGUCCUCCCCCAGUACACCGCGCGACGUUGAACCGCGCACAAACACAUACUUCGCACUCACGGAAAUCGCAGCAGAGGCGCAGUGGGGCUUGUACAUGCCAACUGCAGAAACCCCACCAAGUGCAGAGGAAGUACCGGAUCGAGCGCGCCUUUUAAACGAAGAGGCACCGGGUUUAAACGGGAGGGGCAGUCGUCCGCGUGGGUACGUCUGCCCCCGUCACUGGCGUGUUUACGCUGGAAAACCCGCGAAGACGUCGCAAGCAGCCUGGGAGAAACUCUCGCCGCACACACGGAGGCAACACCGAAUCGCGAUCGAAGAUCUGGCGAACAUGCCACACGACCUUCUGGCACUCGAUCUGGCAGCCGCGGCCAUCAGAAUCAUACACAGGAUGGCGAAGCUGCGGAAGUGGAAGGCGUCCACAAUAGUGAGCAAGUUUGCAACGAUGCACGGAGCGCUGAUGCACUUGCCCCUCUACACGGACCAGCCACAUCCGAUCAACCUGAAAGAGUCACCAGAGUGGACGUCGGCUUACGGACGGUGGCACCAGCUGAUGAACAGCGACAUCCCAAACCCACCACCGUUUAUCCUGAAGCACCAGGUGGACGCCGCUGCGUACCAGCUCCUAUCAGAUCCCGAGGCUCGCCUCUUCCUUAUGAUGAUGUGGAGUUUCGCAGCGAGGCCAGGCGACAUCGGGGGGUUGAAGCCGACGGACGUGCACAUGCAGACCCCCACUCGCGAAUCGUACCCAGUGGGCCUGACGUACAGGAAGGGAAAGGCGACACAUUUCCGCGGUCCCUACCCGGUGGCCUCGCACCUCAGCAGGCAAGACGGCGCGCAGCUCGCGCACCUGUUGUCUCAGCGACCCGCGAACAGUCCCCUGUUCAAGGAUCCACCGGCGAUGAAGAAGAAAGUGCGCGCAGCGCUGAAGUCAGUGGUCCCGGAGCUGGAGUUGGCGUCGUUACGGAAAGGAGCGGUACACCGCCUGGCGAGGGCGAAAGUGGCGGAGGAAGACAUCAUGCGCCUGACGGGCCACACAUCCGUCAUCACGUUGAGGCGAUACCUCAACUAUUCGGAGCAGCCCACCCGGGAGGCCGCAAUGGCGCAGGACAGCGCCUCAGCCCUCCUCCGAGACCCAACGCCUUAG